AUGCUUGAGCCUGGAGAAGUUCUGGACAUUGGCGACGAGUCCAGCAGCAAUAGCUGCACUGGUCGUUUGCAUUCGAGCUACAAAGAAGCCCAAGUCCAUGACCAGCAGGAGCAUUCACUUCAGCAUUUGUUGGCGGUCGGUUCCCGCCAAUGGGGCAGCGGCGGGUGGUGGGACGGACGCGGGCUGCUGCGAGUCAAGAUUUACGAUUUUGCGGUCUACGCGGACCCCCUCAAGGCCGCGCAUGCACUUCGAAAUUCCACCGCCAUCGCAUCGCCUGAGAAGGGGUACCUGAAGAGCCGUACAUUGAGCUGCGACAGCGGCGGCGGCAGCCGCGCAGCAGCCUCCUACAACAGCCCGACGGAGCUUCUGGUGUCCCCAGCUAGUCGGGUGGAUAUGUCGCUGACGAUUCGCGCAUGUCGGAAUCUGCCGCUGCAAAUGCUGAGUGAGGAGUUUGAGCGCAUUCUACAGCGACGACAUGAAAAGGCCGGCGGUCGGGCGGACGACCCCGCGCUCCGGGAGCUACUGUCGUACUUCUCCAAGGAGAAGCUGCCGGAGCACGUGUUGGUGACGUCGUCCUCCGUCUCUUCCUCACCCUCGGGUGGUGUUGGAGAUGCCGUACGGAAGGGAUCGUCCAUCACCUUCAGUCGCAGCUCCUCGGGCGCUCUAGUUACGGAGGCGGGUGGUCGUGUGUUGGGCAGAGUGGAGUCGCCUGCGCUGGCCGAGGCGCUCUUCGACUUGUACCUGGGAGAUCAGCCCGUGUCGAAGAGAGCCAAGGCCGCUGCCGGUGCUGCCCUGCUGGACAUGGCCGCAGCUGCCACCGACGGGGGCAGCGGCGGUGCCGUCCCCACCCGCUAUCGCUACCGACCCCAACCAGGGGAAAAGCUGGUGUGCGGACCAGGGGCCGCUUCCGGGGCCACGAGUCCCUCAUGGGGGGGUCUGAUAGAUGUGAAGGCAUGCAUCCUGGAGGUGCCAUGAGCAAGGGGAGGAACCUGUGUGCUGGCUGGCUGGCUGGCUGGCUGGCUGGCUGGCUGGUUCCCCCUUAGGAAGGUCCGUCUUUUGCCAUCACGCGCUUUUUAGAAAAUCACGUCAUAUGUAGUCGCAUUGCAUGAGGAUGGUGGUGGUGGUGUUGAAUGAUGAUGGUGAUGGUGUUGAGGGCAAAGUGACGGUUGGAGG